AGCAGGGUAUAUAUAGGGAGGGCAAGAGCUCUGGGCCACUGGGAAGCUUCAAUAUAGCUGUGGAAGUCUGGACUCCACAAGAUCCUGCUGUGGACAUUCAACAACCAACCAGAAUCAUGGAAAAGCCCACUUCAAGCACCAAUGGGGAGAAGAGGAAGAGCCCCUGCGACUCCAACAACAGAAAUGAUGAGAUGCAGGAGACACCAAACAGGGACUUAGUCACCGAACCGAGUUUGAAAAAGAUGAAAACAUCAGAAUAUUCAACAGUAUUAGUGUUGUGCUGCAGGGAGACUAAGAAAAUACAUUCAAAUCAACUGGAGAAUGACCAGUCCCAAGAGAACUCCAUCAAUCCAGUCCAAGAGGAGGAGGACGAAGACCUAGACUCAUCUGCAGAAUCUUCAAAGCAGGAUGAAGACCUACAAUUACCUGAAGGAUCUUUCCAGGAGGAUAAAGACCUAGGGCUAUCUGAAGGAUCUUCACAAGAGGACGAAGACCUAGACUCAUCUGAAAGAUCUUCACAGGAGGAAGAAGACCCAGACGCAUCUGAAGGAUCGUCAGAGGAGGGUGAGGAAGACUAAUUAAACAUGGAGAAACCAAAUUGGACAAAUCCUCACCACCAACGGCAAUGAUUACAAUAAAAUCAAGUUUGAGAAGCUG